ACACAUCACCCUUGUUUUGAUCCCAAGACACUAUAUAUAAAGACUCUUCAGCUGGGUUUUUAAGCUUAAACAGAAUAACAUCAGCGAUGUCUUUGCUGCAGAUAGUAACGUUUCUGUCUCUUUCUGUUUGUGCUUUUUGCUAUCCGCCUACCUGCUACACCAGAGUUUUAAACCUGGGAAAGGAAAUAACAGAGCGUGCCCAACGCAUGAAGAAAUCUCCAGACACUGAGAGUUGUACUGCACAUUUACCAGAUCUUUACAUUGAUGUGCAUAACUCCUGUGUUAUGUCAAAAAUGCGCUCUUACCUGUUUUUGGUUGAGAGCUUGCGUGACCGAAUUUGUACAGAGGACAAGAAUGUGCAGGAUCAAAUCAGAGAGGUUCGUCGGCUGUAUCUCAUCAUGGCAAAGAUGUGUAAUGGGGAACUUGUCUUUUACACGGAUGACUGCGCAGAAUUAAACCGCAAAGCGACUAUGCCCACUUGAGGUAUCAAGCACGCCAUUGCCAGUCUUGAACUGCAGAAGAAGGAAUGUUUUUUUUUUCAUGUAGAUGUUUUUUUUUUUUUUUUAAUCCUUACGUUAGCGAUGUUAUCCGAACUUCUGAACUAUUCCCCAAAAUGUUUAUUUUACAAUAAAAAUGUCUCGUAUUUCAUGAAACGCUGCAUUAAACUGACUAUAGAACUGUA